GACGACAAGCCAAAGGCGGAGGGUGAGAAGAAGGAAGACAAGAAGGAGGACAAGCCAAAGGCGGAGGGCGAGAAAAAGGAGGAGAAGAAGGAGGACAAGCCCAAGGCGACCGGCGAGAAGAAAGAUGACAAGAAAGAGGACAAGCCCAAGGCAGUAGCCGAGAAAAAGGAGGGCAAGCCCAAGGAUGGCGAGAAGAAGGAUGAGAAACCAAAAGCAGACGCAGAGAAAAAGACUGAGAAGCCCAAGGAUAUCAAGGUGCCGGACCCUGUGGCAGCACUCAAAGAGAAAACCGAAGAAAAGCCGCCCAAGGAGAAGGAGCUCACGGCAAAGGUUGAGAUGUCUGAGAAGGAGUUCGCCAAGGCCGAGACGCCACCAGAUGCGAAGCAAGCACGACCAGUGGCGGCCGCUAAUGAACCUGAGUGGUUGUCAAGAUUAGGGUCCCUCUUUUGGGGCUCCAAGACGUAA